AUGUCGUUCCUCACCUCGAUCCGCGCAACCUCGCGCUCAACCCCUCGACCAAUCUACGGUCUCUCCUCUCUAUCUUGCUCUCCAUUUCAUUCCUCCGCGAUACGCCCUACCUUGAAGGAGUCUGACAAGAACCGCGACGACCUGCCCAAUUUCUACGAAGGGCAGAAAAAAGACCAGGUCAAGAACCACAAGGAAGGGAAGGCGAAGUGGAGCGCUGAGCUGGCGAGUAACAGUGAAGCAGACGUCAAAGCGGAUCGAGGCGAGGUCGAUACCGAUGAUAAGGCCUUCCAGGCGAUGCAGGAGCGGAAGAAAAAUGUGCUUAAUGGCAAGGGGCCGUUGAAUAAGCCGCAAUAG